CCUUUUCCCUUUCUUUCCUUCUUUCUUCCUCUAUUUUCUCUCCGGCAUGAUGGAGACGAAGCCGGCCGCCGUCUUGCCUGCCUGCAGCGCCACUCAAUCCCAAUCUCUGCACGCUUCGUCGGUUCUCUCCACCGUCUGCAACAUGAAACGGACACCGUCCGAGUUGGCCCUGGAAGAGUUCCUGAAUAAGGCGGUGCCACCAUCGACCGACGACGACGACGACGACGUGAAACCGUGCGAAGUUUGGGAGCUCGCACACAAAAGCUUCCCCCACCCGGACACAUUUCUCGCCGGCGUCGGCUCCGACGAUUUCGAUCACGCUUUUCGAAACUCGGAUGCGGUGACUGCGUUUUCAACUUGCAAGGGACUACCAGAUUCACUUUUAUGGUCUCCGGAUGCCACUCCCAAGGAUUCACCUCUCUGUGCACCGAUUGAAUCUCAGUCAUCUAUUUGUGGUACCAGUGUUUGCAGCCCUGUGUCAGCUAAUCAACCAGCCGUCGGUGAUAAUCAAGCCAAAGGAACCACAAGUGCUUCGUCUCGUGAGCAAUCUGAUGAAGAUGACGUAGCAGGUCCUUGUGAUCAGAGCACAAACCCCAUUGAUAUGAAGCGUCUCAGAAGGAAGGUUUCUAAUAGGGAAUCUGCCAGGAGAUCCAGAAGAAGAAAACAAGCACAUCUGGCUGAUCUUGAGACGCAGGUUGAGCAACUGAGAUUGGAGAAUGCAGCUCUGUACAAGCAGCUUACAGAUGCCAGUCAGCAAUUUCGCGAUGCCAAUACAAAUAACCGAGUGCUCAAAUCGGAUGUCGAAGCUUUGAGAGCCAAGGUGAAGUUAGCUGAAGAUAUGUUGACUAGGGGUUCCUUCUCCACCUUAAACAACUCGCUUGUUCAGAAUCAGAGUCAGCUAAACGCACCACCACAACUCAACAACACUACCCUGCGUAUGGCGCAUGUCUCGCCCACCAUCACUGUCCAAGGUAGUGAUGCCUCAUAUGCUUCUAUUGCAGUUGAUGAUCACAAUUCAUCUCUUGGUCUUGGGAACUUACAUAUCAGUAACAGCAAUGGCAAUUAUAACUCUGGAGUUAUUAGUGAUGCUAUGAGCUGUAUCAACGGAAUAUAUCGUUGAAUGUUUCACUUUACCCAAUUAGAUCCAAUUUAUAUGUCGUCUAGUCUAGUUAGAUUAGUAGGUGCUGUUUUGUCUUAUGUUUUCUUCUCUCCCCCCCCCCCCAAUCUCUAUGUCCAUUGAAAUAGUAUGGUUAAUGCUGUAUUUUAUUCUGUAUAAAUUGAAAGUACUUACUUUGCGUUUCAUAA